GAACUAUGACAGGAGAUGGAUCUAUUUUAUGAUCCUAGCUGGAAGUGUGCAGAUGAUAGCCAAAAGUAUAGCAAAAUGCUGGAAAAAGAGAGAAUCUUUGAUUUUCUCCAAGGGCUCAAUCUAGAUUUAGAUGAGGUAAGAGGAAGAUUAUUGGGUACAAAGCCUUUACCAUCUCUUCGGGAGGUGUUUGCCGAGGUUAGACGGGAGGAAAGCAGAAAAAGGGUUAUGCUACCAACAACCGAACCUAAUUCAGGAUCGGCCCUUACUGCUGCAAGAAAGGAAGACAUUCCAAAGGAUAAGCAAUGGUGUGAACAUUGCAAUCGGCCUUAUCACACCAAGAGUACAUGCUGGAAGCUGCAUGGGAAACCCCCAAACUGGAAACCGAAACCGAAGAAGGACAGAUCGGCUUAUGCUGCAACAAGUGUACCCACUAGUGAAAAAGGAACAGGUAUGGGAUUAACUACUGAUCAAAUUGACUUCUUACAGAAACUGUUACAAAGCUCAUAUAUUGCAAAGGAAUCAGAUGAGGCAACACCAAAUUAUUCAGCAUCUAUGGCACAAAAAGAUAGGAGAUAAGGAUCUAACUGUUUUGAUGGCUGAUGGGACUCAAUCAUUGGUGAAAGGAAAGGGAAGUGUUUGUGUUGCUGAUUUAUUACUUGAAUCAGUAUUGCAUGUGCCAAACCUAAGUUGUAAUCUGUUAUCAGUGAGCAAACUAACGAGAGACUUGG